AUGGUCCAUGAUAUAAAUUGUGAUCCUGCUGCCUUAAAUCAGUGGUCGAUUCAAAAUAAGAUGAGUAUUAACGACGCAAAAACAAAGUUUAUGCUUAUAUCAGGAAAGCGUCUUGAAAAGAAAAUCUUAGAAAAAGGGAAUAUGGACAUAGCAGUUAAAGUGGAUGAUACACAGAUUACUGAAGUAAAUUGUCAAAAAGUACUUGGAGUAACGAUUGACAAUAGAUUAAAUUAUGAAGAACAUAUUGAUCGAUUAUGUCGCAAACUCUCGAAACAGCUUGGUCUUCUCAAACACAUUAGUCCGCACCUCAAGAAACAGCAAAGGGAGUUGUACUUUAAUAGGGUUAUAAAGCCUACGAUGAUGUACGGGAGUGUAAUCGGGGAUAAUUGCAAUGCUGAAUGUUUUCAAAGAGUAUUGAAACUUCAAAAGCGGGCAGCCCGGAUUAUUUUGGAUGCAGAAAAGAUGGCACCUUCAAUUGUUAUGUUUAACACUUUAAAUUGGCUUCCUUUUACGAAGGAGUCUUUGAUCAAGAGAAUAAUGUUAGCGUAUAAGCGUGUAAAUAGUGCUUAUAAUACUCCUAGCUAUCUAAAUUCACUUUCAGCGCAAAAUUCAGACAGGCAUA